CAAAAGCUUCCCAGGUCUGCCGAUUGCUGUCUCCUCAUCUCCUACACUCUUAUCGCUCACCGUUCAGCCCAACUCCUUUAAGCCUUUCAAACAGCAACAAGAAUUGUGAGCUAGAUAUGGAAGAAAUACCAAACGAGUCCUUGGAAUAUACACCAACAUGGAUUGUUGCUGUUAUAUGCUCCAUCAUUGUGCUUAUCUCUCUUUGCGUUGAGCGUGCUCUUCAUAAGCUUGGAGUGUUUUUGAAGAAGAAACAUCAGGAUGCACUCAAUGCAGCCUUGCAAAAGCUGAAAGACGAGCUGAUGCUUUUAGGGUUCAUUUCCUUACUAUUAACUGUGUUCCAAAAUGUAAUAAGCCACAUUUGCAUUUCACCCCACCUUGUAAGCCACAUGCUUCCAUGCAAGAGGCACGGUGAGUCUGAGAAAGGUGCAGAGCACUAUGACACUAUCAUCAACACAAGACACCUUCUUUCUACAACAAAUGGUUCAGAGAGCUGCAGAAAAGAGGGGAAGGUUCCGUUGAUGUCAUUAGAAUCACUACAUCAUCUCCACAUCUUCAUCUUUGUGUUGGCUGUUGUACAUGCCAUAUUUUGCGUCACCACACUGCUACUCGGAAGCGCAAGGAUUCGUCAAUGGAAGACCUGGGAACAUAAUAUUAAGGCAAAUAAAAAUGAUAUUCAAGAUCUACAUCACCAUGAAUUCUUCAAAAAGCAUGCUGAUGGAUUUUGGAGGAGGGCGGCUGUUGUAGGUUGGCUGAUAGCAUUCUUCAAGCAAUUUUAUGGCUCUGUUACUGAAUCUGACUACAUCGCUAUGAGGCAGGCAUUCAUCAAGGAACAUUGGCGAGGCGAACGAGAAUUUGAUUUUCACGAGUACAUGAUGAAGACACUUGAAAUUGAUUUCAAAAAAGUAGUGGGCAUAAGCUGGUAUCUCUGGCUCUUCGUUGUUCUCUUUUUGCUGCUCAACGUUGCAGGGUGGCACACAUACUUCUGGUUAGCUUUUCUACCGCUUAUACUUUUGCUACUUGUGGGGGCCAAGUUAGAGCACAUAAUUGCCCGUUUGGCUCAGGAGUCAGAUCAGAAGAGAGCAGAGGAACGGGGACUGGAACAGUAUCGGCCUGCAGAGCAACAGCAGGAGAAAAAGGCAACAAAGCAAGUGAAGCCUUCUGAUAAAUUCUUUUGGUUCCAUAGCCCACGCCUUGUCCUCGACUUAAUUCACUUCAUCUUGUUUCAAAACGCUUUUGAGAUUGCAUUCUUCUUCUGGAUUUGGUUCACCUAUGGAUUUGAUUCAUGCAUUAUGGAGAAAAUAGCUUACGUGAUCCCGAGAAUUAUAAUGGGUGUAAUUGUUCAAGUGCUCUGCAGUUACAGCACCUUGCCUCUUUAUGCAAUUGUGACUCAGAUGGGCAGCGGAUUUAAGAGGGGAAUGUUCGAAGAGCAUUUUGAGAAUACUCUGAUAGAAUGGAGGCGUCAACUAAACAAAGAUGGUGGAGCCGCCGCUUCUUCUGCAACAAACAAAAUGGUCAAGCAGCCAAACCAAGCUCCUCAGGUUUCACGAGAAGCAAUCAUCAACUUACAAGACAUGCACUAGCAUCAUGCGAAAACAAGCUUGCAGUCUAAAUUAUUUCAUGGCUAUGUGGAUCAUUGUAGUUGAGACGUGAAUACAGAAUUUACAUCUUCCUUGGUCUUCAGCAUCUCUUUAACAAUAAUAAUAUAGAAAUGAUUGGUA